AUGAAUCAAGUAAGACAGCGGGUGAAUUCCAAUGGAAGUGCUUCUGGACCUAAUUCAGGGCCUCCUCUUGAUGGUGCUCCUAUAGCAGUCGUGAUCCAUCAAGUUUUUAUUCCUAGUGAUAAUCUCUAUCGUAGAAGAAGUGAGCUUGUGAAGGACAUAUCAUCUAUGAAGGAGGAUUGGUUUUUGGACGAGAAUUGGUCUUUGGAGGACUAUUCGACUAAGGAUUCUAUGGGUGAUGUACAUCACUCAGAAGCAUUUUUCUUGCUGAAUUAUGCGGCAAUGAUGAAGGAUUUUAAGAUCUUUGUGUACCCUGGUGGAAACCCAACAACAUGUUAUCUUCCAAAAGACAAGCUCAAGAGCAAACUUGGAAGUGAACAUUACUUCUUCAUGAAUCUGAUAUACAGUCGGUUCUUGACGAAUGAUCCUCAUAAGGCUCAUUUCUUUAUUCCCAUUUCUUGUCUAAAAAGGGGAGGCAGGGUAUUUCUUGAGCCCUAA